AUGUCAGGGCUAGCAUCCAAAUGGGCGACUGAUGAAUCUUUAGUAGAAAAAGCUUUAGAACAAGAUUCAAAAGUAUCACAUCACAAGUCAUCAACGCAUAUUCUUUCAUCAUCCCCAUCGGAAUCUGAUAAAUGGCACAAACCAAUCACCCUGAAAAAAUCAGAACAAUUACAAAGUAAAUGGGCUUCAGAACCACUGCCAGAACCUAUAAGUCCAGUAUUAUCCCCAGUUAGGCAUUCUCAUAGGAAAGAUCAUGAUAGAAUAAAACAACUGUAUUUGACUCCACCAUCACCUCAUGAGGACAGAUCUAGACGCUCUCCACCUAAGAAAUUUCAACAAACUAGCCGAUCUAGAGACCCCAUCGAUAAUAGAAAUCCAAACAUACAAAAAUAUAACCAAACUCCGGACAGAGAGGAUCACAGGGGACAUUUUGAAAAGAGACGAUUUACUAAUGAAAAUGUUGAUGUACAUGAUGAGGAUGAAGAUAAUGAUAGAGGACCUAUGACUGACGCCGCCAAGGCAUUUGCAGCAAGAUUGGGCAUCCCAGAUCGAAGUACUGGUCGUCAAACGUUUAAUAAAGAAGGUCUGGCUGAUUGGGAAGAUGUUGAUGAUGAUAGUGAAGAAGAUGUAAAACAUGUUUCAUUUGCUAAGGGAAAUUCAUUGGCAUCCAGAUUAGGGAAAUUGGAUCUUCGGGAUACAAGAAAAUCCACGACUCAUGCCAAAAAGAUUCUGUCACGAGACUUGGGGAGAAAGAACCAACCCCGAAACAAGAAGGAUCGAUAUCAAGAAUUGGCAGCAAAAGAGAAGUCUGCACCAGUAGAAUCUAAAGAGGAAAGAGAGGCAAGAGAAUUAGCUGAAGAAAAAGCAAAGCAGGAUAUGCUUGCAAUGCUUGAUAAAAUUGAUACUAAUGAAAUAGAUUGGGCUAGUUAUGAUGAUUAG